UUUUUAAUUAUCUGAUCAUUUUAAGUCAUAUUUCUUCUCACCAGGUAAAAGAACAAAAUGGCAAGAGGUAAUCGCACCACCGUGACAGAAUUUGUCCUCAUGGGAUUCACAGAUCGCCCUGAGCUUCAGCUCCCCCUCUUUGUGGUAUUCCUGGUGAUUUAUCUAAUCACCCUGGUGGGAAACUUUGGCAUGAUCCUGCUCAUCAAGGCAGACUCACGACUUCACACACCCAUGUACUAUUUCCUCAGUCACCUGGCUUUCAUCGAUCUCUGUUAUUCAUCUUCUAUUGGGCCCAAAAUGCUGCAAAAUUUAUUGGUGAAGAAAAAAACCAUCUCCUUUUCAGGCUGUUUUGCUCAGCUGUACUUUUCCAGUGCUUUUUCCACUACUGAAUGCUUCCUCUUGGCUACCAUGGCCUAUGACCGCUACAUGGCCAUCUGCAACCCCCUGAUCUACACAGCCAUCAUGACACAACGGGUCUGUAAGGAGUUGGUGGUAGGCGUCUACACCUACGGCUUCCUGAACUCUGUGAUACAGACAAUACUGACUUUCCAGCUGUCUUUCUGCAACACCAAUGUGAUCCACCACUUCUAUUGUGCCGACCCCCCUCUCCUUGCACUCUCCUGCUCUGAUACCCACAACAAAGAGAGGCAGCUCCUGAUCUUCUCAGCAGUGAAUCUCACUGGAUCCCUCAUGACCAUCCUCAUCUCCUACAUCUGCAUCCUGGUCUCUAUUAUAAAAAUUCAGUCUUCCCAGGGCAAAUGUAAAGCAUUCUCCACCUGUGCCUCUCACCUCACUGUGGUCACCAUCUUCUAUGGAACAUUAUUUUUUAUGUACCUGCAGCAACCAAAAACAGGGAAUUCAUGGAGGUAUAGCAACGUGAUCUCUGUGUUUUAUAGUCUUGUAAUUCCCAUGCUUAACCCUCUCAUCUAUAGCCUGAGAAACACAGAGGUAAAGGAUACCCUGAAAAAAAUGUUAGAGGGCAAAGCUUCACAGUGAGUGGGAUACUAAGAUGUAGCACUGAGGACAGCUGUAUACGCCAAGCAGAUGUAAAAGGAGCAGGCCAACUGCUAUCCAGUAAGAAACUAGUUAAUUGAAUUGAGGACUUUCAUGGCCCAAAAUAAUGAACCACCUGAUGGACAUAAGUCAUAUUAAAUCUAAGUGGUAGUCAUGAACUAAAUAGAAUUUAUUUGCCAGCUAGAAUAAUUAUGUCAAUAAUUAUGUAUGUCCUUCAUGUGUUAAAGAUGAAAGGGCUGACUAACACUUCAGAAGGAAUUGAGCUCUACAGUCAUAAAAAUCCUCAAAGCCCAUAUUCUGAGUAAAACUGUACAUUAAUGAUGAUGGAUGUAAACUCCCCACAUCGAGCAUCUUGUUAUUAAGCAUUUUCUAGUUUAAUGCAGUCUAUAUCCGAGCAAGCUAUUUGUUAGUCUUAAAAAGCACUCUUUCCUAACAUGAUGCUGUAUGUGGUAGUUAAAUUACAAAGAACAUCUCAGAAAAAUCUUAUUUAAUCCAAAUGUAGUUGCAAUCCUCUGUGCUUUAAACAAGCAAUAAAAAAACCAGUGUAGUACUAAGGAAAGGAAAGAUGGGGCUCAGCCAAGUGUGGAAUGUGUUUGGGAAAAGCAGUUUAGUUGGAGCAGAUAAGGGUGGGGAUUGAGGUACUUUUUAAGAUAUUAAAAGCGGUCAUUAUUUAACAAUCAAUGUUUAUUUUUCCUUGUCUCUUGAAAGCACAUCUACAGUGGCUUUUUCUUUCCUUUUAUCAUUCUUUCUUCCUUACUUUCUUUCUAGAUUUCUUUCCUUCUUUGGGAGUCAGGAAUUAUGAAAAAAAGAGAAAAGCAGAGUUCCCUGAUGAAACUACAUUGUGGUGUGCAUGUUUCUGAGAAAUAAAAUCAUUGUAUUGAUCGAGAAAAAUAUUUUAGUUUUAUGACAUUUUCUGUAUUCUUUCUUUCCA